AUGGGGAGCGUUCCAGUACCCGACAAGCAAAAAGCCAUCAUCGGUCUCGACGACGGCACACUCGUCGUCUCUGACAAUGUUGACGUCCCUAAACUUGAGGAUGACCUUGUCAUCGUUCGCACUAAAGCUAUCGGGCUCAACCCAAUUGACACGAAAAUGAAGGGCAGGCUGGCAGCACCAGGCUGUAUUGCAGGCAUGGACUUCGCAGGGGAGGUUAUUGCCAUUGGAGCCAAGGCUCAAACUCCAGGCAAAAUCAAAGUUGGAGAUCGUGUCUGCGGCGCCGUCAUCGGCUAUGACCAACGGAAUCCUGCUAUCGGGGCCUUUGCCGAAAUUGUGGCGCCAACGGAUGCUGGAUUGAUGAAGAUACCAGAUGGCAUGUCCUACGAGCAGGGUGCUUCUUUGGGAGCCUGUAUUUCGACCAUGGGACUUGCACUGUUCAAGUCGCUAGGUCUCCCUGGCAACCCAAAGAAUCCAGCUGAGAAGCCAGUCAAUGUGUUCGUCUAUGGUGGCAGCACUUCUGUCGGCACAAUGGCUAUUCAACUGAUUAAGAUCUCCGGUCUGAACCCUAUCACUGUCUGUUCGCCCCGUAACUUCGAUCUUGUCAAAUCCUAUGGUGCAACAGAAGUUUUCGAUUACAACUCCCCAACUUGUAUAGACGACAUCCGAAAAUACACGCGAAACUCUCUUAACGUGAUUGCGCUGUGA